GCUUGCUUACUCCGCCUGCUACUAUAAAUACCCCUAUCUUUCUCCGACUUUCGAUCUCACACUCCCUGCGUCACUCUGCGUCACCCGGUUCACCGGCGGACUCUCGGCCAUGGCUCUGACGUCGUUCCUCGAUGUCCACCCGGACUCUCACUUCCCUAUCCAGAACCUCCCGUUCGGCGUGUUCAGGCCCGAGCCCGGCUCGGAUGCUCGACCCGGCGUCGCCAUCGGAGAAUACGUCUUGGAUCUCUCCGUGAUCGCGUUGGCCGGUCUCUUCGACGGUCCGGUGAUAGGAGGCUCCGAUUGCUUCCUCCAGCCUAAUCUUAACAAAUUUUUGGGAAUGGGACGGCCUGCAUGGAAGGAAGCUCGUGCUACGAUUCAAAAGUUAUUGUCAUCUAAUGAACCACUAUUGCGCGACAAUGCUAAUUUGAGGCAAAAAGCACUUGUAGCAAUGAACAAGGUACAAAUGCUUGUUCCUAUUGCAAUAGGAGAUUACACGGAUUUCUUUUCUUCCAUGCAUCAUGCGAAGAACUGUGGGACUAUAUUUCGUGGCCCAGAAAACCCAAUUCCUACAAACUGGUUCCACCUACCUAUUGCAUAUCAUGGACGAGCAUCAUCUAUUGUUAUCUCUGGAACUAAUAUUAUUCGACCACGAGGGCAAGGUUAUCCAACUGGCAAUUCUCCACCAUAUUUUGGACCUUCAACAAAGCUAGAUUUUGAGCUAGAAAUGGCUGCUGUAGUUGGCCCUGGAAAUGAAUUGGGGGAACCUGUGGAUGUUAAUAAAGCAGCAGAUCAUAUCUUUGGGCUUGUGUUGAUGAAUGACUGGAGUGCUAGAGAUAUUCAGGCAUGGGAAUAUGUGCCUCUUGGGCCUUUUCUUGGGAAGAGUUUUGGGACAACCAUAUCCCCUUGGAUUGUGACCCUUGAUGCACUAGAACCCUUUUCUUGCGAUGCUCCUAAACAGGAUCCUCAUCCACUACCAUAUUUGGCUGAAAAGGUGUCCAGGAACUAUGACAUUUCUCUAGAGGUUCAAAUUAAACCUGCUGGAGAAGAACAUUCUAGCGUCAUCACAAGGAGUAACUUCAAGCACUUAUAUUGGACAUUGACUCAACAACUUGCGCAUCAUACUGUCAAUGGUUGCAACUUAAGACCUGGCGAUCUUCUUGGAACUGGGACCAUAAGUGGACCCGAUCCAGAAUCUUUUGGUUGCUUGCUAGAGCUGACGUGGAAUGGACAAAAACCGCUGUCCUUAAAUGGAGCUUCCCGCAAAUUUCUAGAAGAUGGGGAUGAAGUAAUUUUCACCGGGUGGACCAAGGUUCUUUGUCUUAAAACUCUCACUGCUUUCCAUUUCUCAAAACGAGCUUCAUUAUUGUUUGCAGUAUAAUUCUUCUUGAGAAACAUCAUCUUUUGAAUCUCCUUCACUCUUUGACAAUAUAACAUCAAUCAUGUUAAAUUUAAGUUCUAUCCAUCUAUCUGUUUACCUAGCUCUCAAGACCUACUAAGAGACUAAGGUGAAAAAACUUUGCAUCUGUCGAGCCUUCUUUUGUUUGAGGCUUUAGUUAAAGGCAUAUGCGCACUUGCUCAACGUUUAAAGGCAAUUUUGUCCUUAACAUGGCUUUAUUUGAUUUUGAGUUCAUUCUCCUCCAUGUUAUACUGCACAAGUGGAGUAUUACUUAUGCACCCAAUUAACAUUUGCCCAAGUGGCCUUCUCAAGUUGAAACUAAUUUAGAUCGUUUAAUGCAUUUUGGGAAACUAAAAGCCAUUUGUAAUCCAUACAGCUACUAAAAAAUCUCUUGAAAAUAUGGUGCCAAACUCAUUUCCUGCUCUGCUAAAUGAGUUUGAAAUAACUUCAGUCUUUUAUUGCCCAUAGCACAACUUUAAAAUUUUGAGAUCGAUGGUCAUCUUCUUCUUGUGUGAGGAUCUCACACCAUGUGGAUAGUUUUCUCCUUUUGCUACCAAUGUCUCUGAAAGUUCAAUUUGUAACGUAUAACUAAUUCAUAAAUCUCAUAUUUCAGAUGUAUUUCUCUGCUUCUGCAUUUCCCACUUUUAAACUAGUCUGAUACAUAAUCAACUAAUUACUUUGAAUUCGAAUUCGUCUUUCAGGGAAAUGGUUACUGUGUAGGGUUCAGCACGUGUUCCGGUAAGAUUGUUCCAUCGCCCCCUUGAGGGAAAUGCUGUUCUUAGUAAUAGAAAGAAAAUAACAAAAGCUGGACUAGCAGGAAAUUGCAUGUUUCAUUUUGUCUAUCCGUGUGUCCCCUUAUGUUAAUUUUUCCCAAACCUAAACCAUGUUACCCAAUCUCCCCAAAUGCUGUUGUAAAAUUAACAUUGCAAUGUUAGCUGGGCUUUGUAAAUGGGAAGUUUGUUGUAAUGAUGUGAAUGACUGACAGAUUGGUUUUCUUCUUA